AACCAAAAGCCGCCAUGACUGACGUCGAGCUCUCCCGCUCAGAGAAGAAGAAGAAGAAGACCAAAUCACCCAAAAAUGAAGACGAAAACCAAACACUCUCCACUCAAACUGACAAAAAAUCUGAUCUUGAUGUCGAUUUUCUCAUCAAACCACAAAGCUACACCCCCACCAUUGACACUUCACAGUGGCCCAUUCUCUUGAAAAACUACGACCGUCUCAAUGUACGAACUGGUCACUACACUCCUCUCCCGUCUGGGUUUUCGCCACUCAAGCGUCCACUCGCUGAAUACAUAAGGUACGGUAUUCUCAAUCUUGAUAAACCUGCUAACCCAUCUUCACAUGAAGUUGUAGCUUGGAUUAAACGGAUUCUCCGGGUUGAGAAAACGGGUCACAGUGGAACUCUUGAUCCUAAAGUUACUGGUAAUUUGAUUGUUUGCAUUGAUAGAGCGACCCGUUUGGUUAAAUCCCAACAGGGUGCUGGUAAAGAGUAUGUUUGUGUUGCUAGGUUACAUGCUGAUGUUCCUGAUGUAGCUAAGGUUGCUAGAGCACUUGAAGCUCUUACUGGGGCUGUGUUUCAAAGACCACCUUUGAUUUCUGCUGUGAAAAGACAACUUAGGAUUAGGACUAUUUAUGAGAGUAAGUUGCUUGAGUAUGAUGCUGAUAGGCAUUUGGUUGUGUUUUGGAUAUCCUGUGAGGCGGGUACGUAUGUUCGGACACUUUGUGUGCAUCUUGGAUUGUUGUUGGGUGUGGGUGGACAUAUGCAGGAGUUGAGGAGAGUGAGGUCUGGGAUUUUGGGUGAGAAGAAUAAUAUGGUGACGAUGCACGAUGUGAUGGAUGCACAAUGGAUGUAUGAUAACUAUAGGGAUGAGACUUACUUGAGGAGGGUAAUUAUCGUCAUAGUCGAGGAGAAGAAGGCUGGAGAUGAAGCUGUGGAGGUUGAAGUCACAAAGAAAGAAAAGAAGAAAAAGAAGAAAGAAGCUGAUGAAGCUGCAACCCCGGAUGUAGAGACGGCAAAAAAGGAAAAGAAAAAGAAGGAUAAAGAAAAAGAUGGUGCUGCAUCUUCAGAUGAGGAGAAGUCUGAGAAAAAGAAGAAAAAGAAGAAGAAAGAUAAAGAUGCGGAGAAUGGUGAUGUAGCUGUUGGGAGUGAUGGCGAUGAAGGAAGUAAAAGCAAGAAGAAGGAGAAGAAGAAAAAGAAGAAUAAAGAUGCACAACAUGAGUAG